CAGUUGUUCAUCAGUGGGUGGGUGCUGCACGCUUUGGCUUUUUCACAUUCUUACGCUCUGUUUAUUCCUCAGAUGAAAGCAGCUGCCGCGCAGCGUGCCACGCCAAAUGGUUUAACGUUCGAUUUUUGAAUUUGAAAUAUUUUGAAUCGCUCUGCGCCUGAAUUGGAAUGCAGACCGUUUGAAUUUAAGAGAUAACGGAAAAAAUAUCUGAGCGGUGGUUUGGCGGCAGAAUUUUCAGCUGGAUACAAAUUUGACCACUUGCUUGCAAAUACAUCUGACUCAGUGCAGGCAAAUGAUUUUAUAUAUCAUGAACUGUGAGCGGUAGAUCAAAGCACAGACGACGUUCUUCUAAAUGCGGCUGCUAUUUGAUCUGAAAUGAGGUGCUGAAGGAAGAUCAUUGGUUUAGUGGGAAACCAAAACUACACUUUAAUUGUGUCAAAACAAAUCUAACCCUGCGCUGGGACUGACAACCGAUUGAUGGAGAAUCACAAAGGUGGGAAUUUCGGAAUCAAACCUUUGAAAUUGUGAUACGACGCGCCUUUAUAUCACGCUUAUCAUUCUACACGGUGUGUUUGUAGUUUUGUGAUAUUGUGCUUUGGCGGAGCGGACUGUUGCUGAAAGCCACAAUUCCUUACUUGUUAUUAUUCGGAAAGCGCAAAGUUUGACGUGCGCGCGGUUCGAACAUGGGCUGCACGGUGAGCGCAGAGGACAAGGCGGCCGCCGAAAGAUCAAAGAUGAUCGACAAAAACCUGCGCGAGGAUGGAGAGAAGGCGGCGCGCGAGGUGAAACUGCUCCUGCUCGGUGCCGGCGAAUCAGGGAAGAGCACCAUUGUCAAACAGAUGAAGAUUAUCCAUGAAGAUGGUUACUCAGAAGAUGAGUGUAAGCAGUACAGAGCCGUCGUCUACAGCAACACCAUCCAGUCCAUAAUGGCCAUUAUUAAAGCAAUGAGCAACCUCAAGAUAGACUACGGAGAGACCGCAAGAAUGGACGAUGCACGGCAGCUGUUUGCGCUGUCUGCUGCAGCAGAGGAGCAGGGAAUCUUAACCGAUGAUCUGGCUAAAGUGAUUCGCAGGCUGUGGGGUGACAGCGGGGUGCAGGGCUGUUUCACCCGCUCCAGAGAAUAUCAACUCAACGAUUCCGCUGCAUAUUAUCUGAAUGAUCUGGACAGGAUAGCGCGGGCGGACUACAUUCCCACCCAGCAGGACGUUUUGAGGACCAGAGUGAAAACCACUGGGAUCGUGGAGACGCAUUUCACUUUUAAAGAUCUGCACUUCAAGAUGUUUGAUGUUGGAGGUCAGCGAUCAGAGAGGAAGAAAUGGAUCCACUGCUUUGAAGGAGUCACAGCCAUCAUCUUCUGUGUGGCCUUGAGCGCUUAUGACCUGGUGCUGGCAGAAGAUGAGGAGAUGAACCGCAUGCAUGAAAGCAUGAAGCUGUUUGACUCCAUCUGUAACAACAAGUGGUUCACAGAGACCUCCAUCAUCCUCUUCCUCAAUAAGAAGGAUCUGUUUGAAGAGAAGAUAACGCACAGCCCUCUCAACAUCUGCUUCCCUGAAUAUUCAGGAGCCAACAAAUAUGACGAGGCUGCUAGUUACAUCCAGACCAAAUUUGAGGAUCUCAACAAGAAAAAGGACACAAAGGAAAUCUACACCCACUUCACCUGCGCUACUGACACUAAGAAUGUGCAGUUUGUGUUUGAUGCGGUCACUGACGUCAUCAUUAAAAACAACCUGAAGGAUUGCGGCCUUUUUUAAUGAUGAGAAUAAUGAGGUUAACACACAACAUCCAUGCACAGAAUUGUCCAAAGCAUCAAACUUUUGAAGUCAACAUGAAAUCAAAAUAUACCCUAUUUACUUUUAGCAGUUCACUUUAUUCCUAGGAAGCAAAAAAAUUGUCUUUUAUAAUCUUUUAUCAAAUCAUUUCAUCUAAUCAGUUCUUAAAGGAUAACAUCAAGUCUUGCCCUACAUACUCAAUUUUACUAAAAAAUGUCACAUUAUGGAAGUCAAGCCGGUUUAAAUGUUGACGCCGUUUAAUGUUGACAUCAAAUUUGAUUACAUUUUUGUUAUUAAUCUUGUUUAUUUUGUUAUGAUUAUUCCUCAGGAAGGUGUAAACUACUUGGUGGACCUGGACAAUGGGUUAUACACAAAAUGCUUGAUUGCCUAGUAAAUGAAUUGUAAUGUUUUUUUUUUUGUUUUUUUUGUGAUAAUCUGAAAAAGACUUGUGAACAAGGAAAAGAGAAACUUCACCGGAUUCCAACACACCAUCCUUCUUCCCUGAACCUCAUUUGUAAAUAUUUAAUUUUGAGUUAUUUUCUGUCUAAAAAGAAAAUGGGAGGAGAGUCAGGAUUAUAUUCUGAUAUUUGUUUUUGUUUUCGACAGGUUAAAAACAGGGUGGGUGAGGAUUUUGCUAUAAAUGCAUUCACUUCGUUUAUGGAUGUGCUAAUUUUAUUAAACUUGAUGGCAAAAUGCUUAUUUUGUAAAGUUAAUGUGAGCACAGAGACCACGAAAUUUCACUUUUGUAAAACUUUAGCACCGAAUACUUAUCCCCGGCUCUAACUGUAUGUUGUUGCAUGACAGAUCAUAUAAAAUUGCUCGCUCGCUCCAGACCACAGCAUAACAUUCCUACAGCCGCUGAAAUGUCUUGACACAUUCUGCUAGCUUGACUUUGACUAACAUGUGAAAUAUUUAUAUCUGUCCACACAUUUCUUGUUUGUUGCUGUAUCAUUCCUUCUUUUGCUUGAUGUCUGUGCCUUCACUGUCUGUAGAACAUAUAGGGUUGGUUUUAUUCACGCUAUCAAAGUGUAAAAGUGUCGAACAUUUUAAGAGCUAAAUAAAACUUAACAGUCUUGGGUUAAUAUCUCAAUACCAUAAAAGAUUUCCUUGAAAAUAAAAGUUAAUAUGUAAGAUAAA